UGUUGAUCAUGUGUUGAUCAUGGUAUUUGUGAUUGGAAUUGGAUGGAUCUGAAUUCUAGCCUGAUGAGGAUGCUGGAGCUUAAAUGGGAGGACUUCGUGAGGACUUAUAGGGCAUGUGUUUAGUCCCAUAUUAGGUAUGUGCUGGGUAGAUCUUAGAUACUUAUAUAGAGCCAAGAAAUCCAAAUCACACCUCUUGUCUAGCCUUUUUAGGUGAGGUCCUGGGUUGUUAUAGAAAUUUUAUUUGGUUGUUCCUUAUGAGGAGAAGGGCCUAUGUAACAUGUUGGGCUGUGUUUCUUGGGAUUGAGGAGCACAUAAUUAAUGCUUAUUCUAGAUUUGACACCCUCUCUUAUAAUAAGCAAAAGGGGAACAACUUAGGGCUGGUUGGUAUGAGGUGUUGGGUGAGACACCCUUCUAUUCUCUUUUGGGGAGAGAUUCUUCUGCUUGGAGACCAUGGUGAAGGAAGCCCUAGCAGCUCCUUAACUUGGGAGGAGGAGGCAAGAAGAAGGUAUGGCGCCAAAUUUGUGUAGCUCCACCUGCAAGUCCAUCACGAUGAUCCUUUAUGUCACUAAGUUGGUGUUUCUUCAAAGGAUUUUGAGAGCUCCAUGUGGAAGCACAUAUUUGGCUUGUAUCCUGUUUGCUGUCUUAUUGCAUCAAAAUGGGUGGCAUAUUUGGGAAGAGUGUCUCCUCAAGGCAUUGUCUGCCCGAAUCAAAGCUUGAGGCAGAGAUGGUAGAAGCAAUCAGACGGAAGGCAUCAAAAGGAAGUGCCAUAAAAUCAUUCAAUAGCAUCAUUCUGAAAUUUCCUAAAAUUGAUGAGAGCUUAAGGAAUUGCAAGACAAUUUUUGAUCAAUUUGAUGAAGAUUCCAAUGGAAUGAUAGAUCCAGAAGAACUGAAGCAUUGUUUUCACAAGCUGGAAAUUUCUUGUCCAGAGGAGGAGAUCAGUGAUCUCUUCGAGGCAUGUGAUAUUAGAGAGAACAUGGGAAUGAAAUUCAAUGAAUUUAUUGUUCUUCUCUGCCUUGUAUAUCUUCUUAAGGAGCCAGCAGCUUUACAGGCAAAAUCAGGGAUGGGCUUGCCAAACCUUGAGGCAACAUUUGAAACUUUAGUUGAGGCUUUUGUAUUGUUAGACAAGAAUAAAGAUGGUUAUGUCAGCAAAAAUGAAAUGGUGGAUGCAAUAAAUGAGACUACUGCUGGUGAACGCUCAUCAGGACACAUAGCUAUGAGAAGAUUUGAAGAAAUGGACUGGGACAAAAAUGGAAUGGUGUCCUUCAAGGAAUUUCUUUUUGCUUGCAUCCGUUGGGUGGGGAUCGACGAUGCUGAAGAAGAAGAUAAUGACACUAAAUGAGUUUCAUACUUGCUGCAUGCGCCAUCGCAUGCCAAAAAUACUUCAUCCAGAACAACAGGAAAGCAUAUUCCCAGAAGGGUUGUGCAGGCUCAAGAAAAAGAAGAAGAAUAUACAUGCAUCAAUCAGUCAAUAUCUCUAUUUGGUUUAACGAUAUUUGUGUAAAUAAACCGACAGAGGUUAAAUUUUUGUCUUAUCGCUAUGAUAUUGGAUAAGCCGAUUUAUUGAAGCAUUGUUAACUUGCCCAGCAUAUGCUUCUUAUGUUACCAUGAGCAUGGGAUAUGGACUAUACAACCAUGUGAGUGGACUGUUAUUAAAAAGAGCUGGAUCACUGUAUAUUGCUCAAAAAUUAGAACAUUUUAUCGGCUUAUUAUCUAGAGAACCUUGUAUUCUUCCAAUUUUAGUCUUCUGCAUGGAUGAAGAGACUGGAGCAUCCCUUAGCAAAACAA